AUGAGUGCGUGCACUGGCCCUGCAGCCGCCCCGCAGUGGGCAGCGGAGGCGACUACGUGCAACCUGGGCGGCAGCGCCGGCGCGCUGUUCGCGCAGCUGUUGGCAACCCUGGCGCAAGCGCAGUGCCUGCUGUCGGACCGCGGCGCCUACCCGCCUGACACACUGAGCCCGCUGCCGGAGUACGACUUCGUGGUGGUCGGCGCCGGGUCCGCCGGGUCCGCGGUGGCAGCUCGCCUCUCGGAGAACCCCAACUGGAGGGUGAUGCUGCUCGAGGCAGGCGGGGACCCGCCGUCCACCUCAGACAUCCCCGGACUCUUCCCCUCGCUGGCAAGGACGGAGGUGGACUGGUCGUAUCUGACUGAAGUAAACAGUCGUGUCUGCCAACUGCAACCUGGCGGGAGGUGCGCCUGCCCCCGCGGCAAGGUCCUGGGGGGCAGCAGCUCCAUCAACGGCAUGGCCUACUUCAGGGGCAGCCCGCAGGAUUACGACUCGUGGGCGGCGCUGGGGAACCGCGGCUGGUCCUACCGGGAGGUGUUGCCCUUCUUCAAGAAGCUGGAGGCCUUCGACGGGGAGGAACUGCGGAGGAGACCGCAGACGGCUGCUCUGCACGGGUGCGACGGCCCCAUUCAGGUGUCAAAGACUCAGCGUCUGGACCCUGCUGCCGAUGCACUGGACUCUGCAGCCGAGGAAUUAGGCUACAAGCUCGUCGAAGAUUUCAGCACCGAGCCAAACAUCGGGUUUGGUCAGGUGUACGCAUCCAUCAAGAAUGGGUCGAGGUGGAGUACAGCCCGCGGUUACUUAAUGCCAGCUAAAGAGAGAGCGAACCUACAUGUCGUUAAGUUUGCGCUCGUGACCAAAGUGCUCAUCGAAUCCACGAAAAAGGUGGCUUACGGUGUACAGUUCCUGAAGCAGGGUAAGAUGCACGAAGUUAGAGCGACAAAGGAAAUAAUUCUUUCAGCAGGGGCUGUCAAUACACCUCACUUGUUGAUGCAUUCCGGUAUCGGACCAAGAGCUCAUUUGGAGGGUAUUGGUAUACCUGUGGUAGCGGACCUCAAAGUCGGUUACAAUCUUCAGGAUCACGUAGCAUAUGUCGGUAUGUAUUUCACAAGGAAGCCAAUGCUGAAAAUGGUGCCUGAAGAGGGCUUAUUUCAAUACCUAAUGAACAGGACAGGUCCUCUUUCAACUACCGGAAUCACUUCAUACGUAGGAUUUAUACGGACAGAUGCAGCGUCGCCUGAUGCUCCUGGGAUUGCCGAAGCCGACAGGAGUAACCACCCAGACAUACAGUUAUUCUUUGAAAUGGUGCCGAGCGGCAGUGGCGAUAGAGUGGCCAAAAUAUUCAACUACGAGGAUGAAGCGAUGGACCCUAUGCUCAAACUGAUAGCGCGAAAUGAUGCGAUUAUACCGAUGACGGCGCUCGUGGCACCGAGAAGUCGGGGACGCAUAAGGCUGAGGAGCGCAGACCCGCUGCAGCCGCCGCUGAUCGACUCCGGCUACCUGGAAGACCCGCGCGACCUCGAAAACCUGCUGUCCGGCGUGGCGUUCGCCUACCGUAUGGGCUCCACGGAGGCGAUGCGGCGCGCAGGCUUCGCCGUCGAGGACCACCCACUGGAGGCUUGCAGUCACCGGAGGCGGCUGACGCCGGAUUACUGGCGCUGUGCUGCGCCCUACGUGGUCAGCCCGGCCUUCCAUCCCGUGGGCACCGCCAAGAUGGGCCCCUCGGGCGACGUUGACGCAGUCGUCGACGCCAGGCUGAGAGUCCACGGCGUGCGCAACCUGCGCGUGGCCGACGCGUCCGUCAUGCCGCUCAUUGUGCGUUGCAACACCAACGUGCCGACAAUCAUGAUCGGCGAGAAGUGCGCCCACAUGGUAGCUCAAGACUGGGGGCCCUAA